AACACGCUGCUAUAAUAGACCACAACAGCACGCUGCUAUAAACAACCACAUCAACGUUGAUCACCACAGUAACAUGCUGAUGCAGACCACCACAACACCACGGUAGAGUCGGAACGACGCUGUCUCCCCACACGCCUUCAGACUUGGCCGGUGUGAUGAUAUCCGACUCUUUUUGAAUCCAGCUCCCGGGAAUGCGUCGACUACCGAGUGAGACGUGACGGCGCAGACCAGCCUCCUCCACUACAGACUGUACUGUUGUGAUGUGUGCAGGACAGGACAUGUGUAGCCAGCCAGGAGCAUAACCUCUCGUUUCCAUGGACAGCACGUCCAUUAUAACACAGGCUGCAAAUUCAAAAGAAGAGGAGAGUAUUUCUUCGGGUCAAGAUAAAGGUUCCCCGUCCGGCAGCAGCCUGAAGAAACACCACCGCCGCAGCAUCUUCAGCCCCUUCUUUUGCUGCUUCCGUAACUAUGACUACCGCCUGGAGUCCCCGCCCCCGUCGCCGCACAGCAACAAGCCCCUCCCAUUGCCACCGCCCCCAGAGGAGAACGGCAGCCCCCCAAAGGCUCCAGAGCUCCUACUCCCAGAGGUCAGUGUCUCAGACUGUGGUCGGAGCUGUGUGGUGAUUGACCUUGAUGAAACCCUGGUGCACAGCUCCUUCAAGCCCAUCGGCAACGCAGACUUCAUCGUUCCUGUGGAGAUCGACGGCACCGUGCACCAGGUGUAUGUGCUGAAGCGCCCCCACGUUGACGAGUUUCUGCAGAGGCUGGGGGAGCUGUUUGAGUGUGUUCUAUUCACGGCUAGCUUAGCCAAGUACGCGGACCCGGUGGCCGAUCUGCUGGACCAGUGGGGGGUGUUCCGCGCCCGCCUCUUCAGGGAGUCCUGCGUGUUCCACCGGGGGAACUAUGUGAAGGACCUGAGCCGUCUUGGCCGUCAGCUGGCCCGUGUCAUCAUAGUGGACAACUCGCCCGCCUCCUACGUCUUCCACCCCGAGAAUGCGGUGCCGGUGCAGUCUUGGUUUGACGACAUGACAGACACAGAGCUCCAGGACCUGAUCCCACUCUUCGAGGGCCUCAGCAGAGAGGAGGAGGUGUACACCGUCCUGCAGAGCAUGCGGCCCACGUAGCAGACCGUCACCCCCCCCGUCCCCGUCCCCUAGGUGGUCCCUCAUGGUGGUGCUCUGUGGCCCCUAAUGGCGCGUUUCCACUGGUGGGUGCGGUUUGGUUAGGUAUGGAUAGGUGCGGAACGGUUCACAUUUUCACCGCCAAGUUGGCGGGGUCCAGACUUAGCCGUGAUUAGCCGUACUCGUCUCACACUGCUCCUUCGUUAGGGUACCAAGCGGUCUGAAAGGGUGUCAACAAUUUCGGGCUACAAAAGCAAUCCGUUGAUUGGUCGACAGAAUCGUCACUUCCUUGCGACAGGCGGAUUAUAACAAAAAAAAACAAUUCCCGCAAGGUAUUUCUGGACAACAGUGAAAGCUUUGUUUAUUUAAGAAAAUGUUACAUGGAAGUUUGCUGUCCUUCUUGGAUGUCCUAUGUUGUUGCUCUUUGUUAAUUGUGUCGCGUUCUUCUUUUUCAUUGGAUUUAUUAGCAGGCUACACUGUGUCGGGCUGCUAUGAGGUAACGAUGCUUACAUAGCUGCCACGGUUAUUGCCAAACGGGUACCGUUGGCGGUGGAAACGCAAGCCGUAACUGAGCUGCGCCUUACCGCACCUACACUACCGCACCUAGUCCUAAUGGGCCUAACCGCUAGCUUGGCUAUUGCCAGACCAAGCUCAAUCGUAGAUUGCACGUUGGUCUGGGGAGGCUGCUGUCAUUUUCGUCAGCACAAGAGAGUCGUCAUUGUGUUUAACCAGCCAAUAGCACGCCAGGGGGAAAAGCCAGCUUGCUGAUUGGCUCCCGCAAAAGCGUAAGCAGAAAGAAUUGUUUUCGCAGGGCGAAUUCAAGUUGCCGGCCGAAUGGGCUGCGGGUACCGAGUCUACCUAACCGCACCCGCCGUUGGAAACGUGCCAUAAGCGGCCCCCAGGUUGCCCUUCGCGGUGGUGCUCUUUGGCCCCCAGGUUGCCCCUCACGGUGGUGCUCUCUGGCCCCCAGACGGCCCCCAGGUGGCCCUCGAGGUGGUGCUCUCUGGCCCCCAGGUCCCCAGGUGGCCCCUCACAGUGGGGAUCUCUGGCCCCCAGGCCCCCAGGUGACCCCUCAUGGUGGUGCUCUAUGUCCCCUCCAGACCCUUAUUUUCUUGACAGUUGAAGGCCUGGGGGGCCUGAACUGUUCAGGGGCCACUGCCCGUCCUCCAGUGACCCCCAGAUGCCCCCAGAUGCCCCCAAGAGGAAGGAGAGAGGGGUCCUUCAGUUGAAUGUAUCCCAUAUUGAGCCACUCUGCUAGGGGAAGCUCUCUAUGUACAGGCAUCAAUGCCCCCUACUGGCAAGACAUGAUAUUACCGUAUGUACAUAUUAGAUGUUUCUAAGAACAGGACAUACAUAAACUACUUUUGAUAUCAAAAAAGAGAAAGAGUGAGGAGAUUUUUUCCUAUACUAUCAAGGGAUAUUUUAUUUAUCGAAAAUUAACAAAUACAUAAAAAACUAAAAAAAAUUGAGGGAUUUGUUGAGUUAUAGCUUUUAUACAGAAUUCUUGAUUUUUGGCAAAACCGUUGAGUUGAACCAACUGUGAUUUACCUUCUCUUACAGGACGAAGUGCCUUCAUUGCUGUGUUCUGUUCAGUGCGUCAGGGCUUCAUGACACUUCUUAUCAAGCUCAUUCAUCCAUAAACUCCAAAAGCAUUGAUACAUUAACCACAGAAACCUAUUCUUUCAGAUCCACCAACUGAUUCUCUCAUAUGUGUUCAACCUAGAAUCUGUUCACAAUCUGCGGCCACUUCCAUUUGCCGUCCAAUUUCACAAACAUAAGGCUAAAUUUGGUAAAGAUUUGAUUAUUGAUUUGCUUAACAAUUUUUUUACAAUUGUUUAACACAUAAUUUAAAUCUUCUUGGCUGGACAGUUAAUCCUUUUGUAAUGUCAUCAGAAUCAUCCCCAAUGUUAAUGUUAGACUAUUGAAGACGUAUAAUAACUAGCAUAUAUCGUAUGGAAUUGUAUUUAUUGGGUACGGGGUACUUGGGAAAUUGUAAAGAAUGCUGUGGAAAUCGUACUGUAAGACAUUAUUAAAGUUGCAGUUUUGCACAAUCUGACGCUAAGUCCUGCAGUCUCAUCAUUUCCUAUGUUUGUGCCUCUGGUUUGAAAUUAUGUUAUGGUUGUGUUUAUAUCGACGUGCCAACAUACAGAGUUUUACAUAAAUACAAGUCUGACUCUUAUAAUGCGUAUGCUGUAUGCUGUUAAUAAUGAUCAAAUUAAUAUCGCUCAUUUGUUUUAUCCAAAGUUUGUAUUUAAUAACAGAAAACACAACACACAAACCGCCGUUAUGUGAAGUUCCCCGUGUCCAGGAUAACAAUGGCUAUCAGAGAAGAGAGGUUAAGAGCAAGGAACCUGCGGCUGAAUCAACGGUGAGGAGGACUUCUCUUCAUUGCCAUUCACCUUCAUCAUCCUCCUUCUACUUCCAUUCUUCAUACACAUGGUCUGGAUCCGAGAUAGAAUGUCUUCAAAUGGUUGUCUAGACACCUAUAAAACGUAAUCCGCAGGAGUGGUAAAGGUUGUCCUGGAUCCACGUGAUAAGCGCAGCAUUCAGGCUGUUGAGUCAGACCAGUGUCCCCCACCCAGCAGGAAGGUCUGGGGACUUCAGUGAGCCCUCAUGGAGCUCAGAUCGGUGUUCAUCCUUAAUUAUGCUUGAUCAUCUUCAGCUGUAUGGAAGUUUAAUUUCCAUGUAUAUAAUGUAAUUCAAGUUACUAGUUAGUAUUACUACUACUAGUAGCUGGUCAGUGAAGUCAAAGGUUUUUUUAAUAUGUAAUGCAGGCAUCAGUUGCACAAUGCUUACAUGUCAUGUGGUUGACAGUGAAAACUCGACCGAAACAUAUUUUUCAAAGUACGCAUCAAAAGAAACAAGCUAAUUAUGUCAACUUUUCAUUGGCUGAUCAAGUACAGAUCUAAAGGGAGACUUUCUAAUAAAAAAUAAAAGGAUAUCCCUCUUCUGAUCCAUCAAGGACCCUGAUUGAAAGGAACCAGUUGAACAAAGAUGGAUCUUGAGAUUAAAUUAACUGAUUCCAGAUUGAUUUUCAAAUGGAAUCAACGGUUUCCUCUUGAAGAUCACUCAGGAGUCUGUGGUUCUCCCCGUUGUAGUGGAGCGGUCCUAGUGGUGCUGGGAGAGGAUCCUCAACCGGACCGUUAUCCCGUCUCCCACCCCCAACUCCAUUUCCCAUCUUUUCCUUCCUCUGAGUGGUUCGUUAACUGUGCCGGGCGACAGAUGGACAAGAACAUUACAACAACAACAACAACAACAGCAAGAAUAAUAACAUGGGGUUUCAUGACAAAUAACUUGACAUGGGAAUAUUUGAAUCAUGUGUUUACUGGAAGUCCCGCCCUGUCUCUCGCCUCUAGCAGCUAAAUCCCUGUUACUCAAAGUCCUGCCCUCUCUCUCGGGAUAACGCUCAUUUGGGACUUCUUGUUCCAGGCGUUUGGUCGGAGAUGAGAACGCUGGGAACAAUGUUCUGAGUGGGGA